CUAGGCAUUUCCAGCAACAACAAAGAGCCUCCAUGCCAAGCUCUAAAUAUCUGCGCCAAUGAAGGUGACCCUGCUGUCACUGUCACCACUGCUGAAAUGCACCACCCACCUCCUUACUGUGCUCACACCCACUGUUUGAUCUUCAUAAACAUUCAGCAAGCUUUGAUGAAUGUCAGUGAAUGCCAUUUUUUCUACAUGGAGGAAUCCAAUAGCACACAUUUGCUCCAUAUACACUUCCAUGUCAGACGCCAUUUUGUCUGACUGCCCCUCUGCUGCCGUCUGUCACAUGGCAACAACAUGUAAUGGAAUAUUGAUGGGAAGGUUCAACUUCUACUGCUGUGCCACCAACAUCCACCACUACAUUGUGGGUUAACAUAACAAAAUAGGAGGCAUUGCUUUUGUAGUAGCCCUCGUGCUUGACAAUCCUGAUGCCGCUGUCUUGAUUCUGCAAUGUGUGUGCUUAGUGUCAAAAAAAUUGUUGUAAUCAGCAAAGUGCAUGUGCCUAUGUACACUCAUGCUCAGCCAACUUGUAAGUACAUGAUUAAGUGCUGCUGAAAUCACUGGGACUUACUACAUUACUGAAUUUAAUGAGACUUCACGCCAGUAACUGCUCUGCAAACAAUCACAGGCUGCUAAAUGAGAGACCUGAUGUGCUCCCGUGCCCUAAGUCAUGUUUGAAUGUUUUCUUGUUGGAAAUGAUUUCUCUCUGCUUGCCUGGAUAGAAGGAAGGAGUGCGCUGGUGGGAAAGACAAGCAGAGGGGAGAGCAGUCACCACCAAAUGCAAGCUGGCUGCAUGUGGUGGUGUUAAAUUAGGAUGUGCAUCAUCCUGCCCUCAGGUGGAUGCGGUGAGCUCCAUGCUGAGCAGUGCACCAGCGUGCCUCCAAAAAUGGAUGCAGUGCAAGGGACAUCUCCAUACCCCUGAUGGGAAGCCUUGCUGCUCAUCUGAGCUCAGUAAUUCUGAAGUGAGCAAUACGCUGCUGUCUGUUGCUUCUGGGACCAAGCAGUUGUGUUCAUAUGUGGCCAUAGCACACUGAUGGAUGUUCUGCUGCAGUUCAGGGCUGGCAGGAUGUGUCUAGAUCCUUGGUUGAUAGGCUCUUUGGCCUUUUUUAACCUGCUUUCAGAAUUACUGAUGAAAGUUGUUAAGGCUGAUGUAGGGAAUAGACAGAGCAAAUUUAAGCAGACUGCUAAAAAAUGUGUUUUUGGUCUUCUGGAGUUUGCUGUGAACUCUGUCUGGACAGAUGUGAAAAUCUCUGGUCCAGCUGUAGAUAGUCACAUUUCAGCUAGUUAUGUUUUCCCCUUAUAACCAAGGAAAGUGAUCAGUUCAUCUUGUCCUGAUGUAGUUGUAAAAAUAGAUCCAAAAAACUCAUUUGAUUCCAAGGGAUUCUGGAGAGCCAUCUCAGGUGUCAUAUGAUGUUGCAGUGUCCUCAUUUGGUCAGAAAAAUCCCAGCCUUAUUUAAGUCAAAAUAUGUGUAGUCAUACACUCAAAGAGGGGUCCCAAAUACGGUAAAUUAUGUCAAUAUCAGUUCAUAUCCUUGGCUGUUUUUGUUGGUUUUUUUUCCUCAUUUCUUUUCCCCCACCCUUUCAUCUGCAUCCAGUUUGAUUUUGUUAGGCUUUAAUUUACUGGUCUGAUGAACCACUUUCUUUGUGGUUAAUACUUGCUUAUUCCCCAUUUGUAACUGAUGCUGAUUGCAACUUUGUGUUUAGGAUUUGGUUGAGUGUGAGAGAAAGCAUAUGCACAGGGUUUAAAUUUCUUUCAAACGUUUUCUAGACCACCAUCCAGUCAUCUCAUGAUCCACCAGUGGCCUGCAGACACCAGGAUAAGUGACUGAUGUAAACUGAAGGCAGGCUCACAGGACUCUGAGUACACAGAAAUGAUCCAAGGGAUGGAACACCUCUCCUACGAGGGUCCAUUCAGGAAAUUGAACCCAUUUCUUGUUGAGUUCCCUGUUCAGCCAGUCUGCACAGAGCAAUUCUGUCUCUGGGAUGUCAUCCCUACAGAGGAAUAGCUCUGGAAAGGCUAUUGCUUUUCUUCAGGCCUGCUUACUGUCAUCACAGAAGCUGCCCUUGCAGUGCCGUCUUUUAAAAGCACGUGGUGCAUUCCCUUCUUAAUAUCAAGAAAUGAAAGAUCAUGGAUUGCUACAGGAAGUAUGCAGCUGUCACUUUGACCAUUUUGUCUGUGUUUCUGCAUCUUCUUCAUACUUUCCCAGAUGGAGAAUUUCUCAUGCAGGGUUGUCCAGAGUGCAAGCUAGGGGAGAACAGGUUCUUUUCAAAACCAGGAGCCCCCAUUUACCAGUGCACUGGGUGCUGUUUCUCCCGGGCCUAUCCUACUCCAAUGAGAUCCAAGAAGACCAUGCUUGUUCCAAAGAACAUUACAUCGGAAGCAACGUGCUGUGUAGCAAAGGCUUUCACCAAGAUUACCCUUAAGGACAAUGUGAAGAUAGAGAACCACACAGACUGUCACUGCAGUACCUGCUACUAUCAUAAAUCUUAAAGCCUGUCCCUUUGCUAAUGAUCAAGAACAACGGUGAAUGAAAUAUUUGUUGUUCAGCUUUUACAGCACCGCUGUGUAUAAUCUUGUGUUUUCUGGUCAAGACACCGAGUAGACUUUUGAAUGAGAUGGAUGGCUGUUUUAUUUCCUCUUUGCUUCUUCAUGCAUUUAAGUAAGUUUAACUAUUUCCAUUAGGGAUUAGAUGUAGCCCUUGCAUGACAACCAUAAGCUUGAUCUGUUUUUAAAAUAAACUGUCAGAUAAAUUGUCGACGUUUCUUGAGGAAAAAUGAUGAUUUCAUAGCUUAAAACAACAAAAAAAGAUUUUAGAGUUCAUCUUUAGGUUUGUUUUUUGUUUGUUUUUGUGGGAGAGGGAGGAAGGAGGAAGAGAGGGAUGGGAAAGUGGGCAGAAAAAGAAACAGUAAUUUCCCCUAAUUCAUUUAGUGGAUUUUUUUUUUUAACACAACAUUUUGUUUUUCUUGCUUCUUUUCUGUUUUCUUCUUCAACUCGUGGCAUUAAGUUUAACAGCAGUCUGUGCAACGUGCUCUGCCUUUCUGUGCCAUCUUUGAUUUUGCUUGGAAUUUAAUCUUCUCCCAUAUCGAUAAAUGGACGCAGAAGGAGAUGUUGUAAAGAGCUAUGCAGUGUAGCAGUGCUAGAGGAGAGGCAUAGCACAUCUGUAUUAGCUAUUUAACGUGUGGCUGAGCAGCAUGGCAUAGGGCCUUAGUAAUUCUCAAAUGCAAUGUGCCAGACUGAGAUAUACAAAUGGGAAAGGAAGGGACUGUGUUAGGUCAGAAAUAGACCACAGAAUAUGUAUUUAGAAUAGAUGAACUUCAAGUUGUAAAUGGGGAUUUUAGAGAUAGCACUUGUUUGGUUGUUGUAGGUUGGAGCAGGGCAUCCGCUUGUGAAUCUGCAGCCUGCGCAUAUGAACAUGAAAUAAAUUAAUUCCACUUGUCUUAACCCAAAUAUCUGGAAUGAGAACGUCAGUCCUGCUGUGAUCACUGAAUGCAAAGGUAUAAAUGUGCUGUCUCCGAAGGCCUUAAAUAUAUUUGUACUGGAAGGGAAGUGGAAGGGGUACUUCCCUGCAGCAGAUACUGUGAGGGUAGUGAUACAGAUGUGUAGCAGAGCUUCUGAUAGCGAAAUAGGAGAGUGCCUUGGGGUGAAGCUGUGAGUACGGCUGCUCUGCCCUGGGGCAUGGCCAUGGCUGAUGUCUGCUGAAGUCUUAAAUGACAGACCUGCAGGGCUAGGCUGUGAUGGGGCCCUGGAGCAGCCCAGGACUGGCAGGAUCUAAUAAUGGCUUAAAUCCACCGUACACCCACCCCUCCUGUCUACUGGAGUGAAAAUUCACUGCUGUUUUCUAAGAAUACCGUAGGGUUUUGUGGCAAAGAAGACUUCUUCUCGUGGAUAGAGAAGAAAGCAAAAUUAUUCGGCAUAUGUUGAGUGAAUUCUGAAAGCCUGAUCCCCACGAUUCAAUCUCUGGUUCGGUCUCAUCUCUGGAGCCACCAGUCUGGCUCAGUCCUGUGUUGUAUUGCGGAGUCAGCUGUGCUGUGCCAUUCCUAGGAGAUGUUUCACCUAAUUUGCUCCUGGAGAAACUUCCAGUGGUUAUUCCAGAAUCUGUCAAGGAGGCUGGCUCUGUUAACUUCUGCUGUUACUAAGCUGGAAAAAAGUCACUCUCCUGGAAAGUUUUUUGUGAUAUUUUGUCUAAGAUGUGUUUGCUUCAGUAUUACUUUUGUUCAAAGGGGAGGUAGUCCAGUAGGGUGGUCUUUAGUAUGACUUUAAUAACAUCAGCAGAAAAGGUUUUCAUACCGAGAAGUCUAAUUUCCCAUUCUGGAUCAUCGCUCAAUACAUUAUGGGAAUACAUGUCAAGCAGCCACUAAAGCUGACUCACAAUUCCAACCUGUUGUGCAAUUUUAUUAAACAUGAUUGAUGCAGAUAUUUUCACAGAGGAUCUGGAUCCUGCCUGGGAUUUCUAGGCAACGAGAGAGGAGUGAUCUGAAGCUGCAAGCUGAUUGCCUUUGAGAAUGGCAUUGCAAUUUCUCAUAACUUUGACAGGACUGAAAUGGAGAGCAGGGGAAUACAUUCUCCAAAGUUGCCUUGCAGUGGAGAUGCCUUUUUGCCCCGUGAAACAUCUCCUUGGGUGGACUCGAACUCAAGUGAGAUCCUCCAGCAGCACCUUUUACCUGCUGGUCUAUUUGUUCCUGUGCUGCGCACAAGAGCAGGUUGGUGACGUGAUAAACUUCUGUUUGCAUCUUUUGAAACAGCUGUCAGAAGAAGACGUGGGAUGCUGUAGCCCUGUGUCAUUCUAGAAUGACUGCUCUGUUUUUCAUUCUCCGUGGCUCAUUCCCUCUAGCUUGUACAAAACCACUUCUCAGUUUCUCAACCUGUGUGUCCUCCUCCUCUCUGAAGUGAUCUCUGCAUCAAGGGCUAGCAAAGUGCUUAUUGUGAGAGCAUGUGGAAUGUGCGAGCACCCCCUUCCUUACCUUAUCUGGUUAAAGCCCUUCCGUCUGAAAGAAACACCGCUUAACAAGGAAAGUAAUAAAUUAAACACUGAGAUACACAAACCGAGCAGCAGGUGAUAAGGGAGACGAUGACAAAGAGCAGAACCCUUCAGCCCAUGACCGAUGGGCUGUUACCGAUGGGCCCUGGGGUGAUGAAGGGAUGGUGGCAGCACUCAGGGUGUUAGUGGUGGCAGCCGGAGCUUUGUGACUGCUGAGAAAUGGGGAAUAAGACUGACAUAAGCACAGGGAGAUAUCUGAGGGAGGCUUGUGGGGCUGUGCAAAGCUUACUGCGGGGUGUCAGGAGGAGCUUGCUUAGAGAAAGGGCCAGAGGUGGAAAAA